AUGCUGCGCAAAAAGUCGUCCUUCUCGAGCCACUCCUCGUCCCAAACGCCCUCCCCUCUCCCCGGCUCUCGCAGCAGCAGUUCCGCCACCCUCUCUUCCCUCCAAAACGCGCUCACCCCAUCGCGUUCCUCCUCGACUAUCGAGCGGAAAAAGCCGAGCUCGACCUUCGCUCAACAGCAACAACAACAUCCAAGUCGGCACGGCGACAACAGCAGCGGCUCCAACACGAGCGACAGUAUCAGUCUCGGCAUCACCCACGCCGACUCAUCCUACUCUGCACACUCCAACGGCACCUCCGACUCGUUCUAUUCCCCCGCAACAAUGACACCCUUGACCACCACUGACGACGAUAGCUCCACCGCCGCCAGUACUCAUCUUCAACAGCAACAGCAACAGAGGAUCCCACGGUCCCGCCAAGUGAGUAAGAACGGCUCGUUGUCGUCAUCCUUAACCACACCCUUGAGUGCUUAUCCUCAAUCCGAUCUAUCCAACCAGCUCGACAUCCUCAUUCUUCAAACCGACGCUCCUCUGUACUCGCACCAUCGCCAAUCGUCAUCCCUAUACAGAAGCGAAGAUGGCAAAGACAGCAGACUGGAGACAAGCAGCAUUAUCAGCGGCAAAUCCGGCACCAUCUCGGCCUCGGUUUCGACUGCCACCUCGACCAUCAUGGCCAGUCCAUCAGCCAGCAACGGAGGACCCUUCCAACUUCGCGUUCGCCACCUCGAACAUGGCGCAUCUUACACCGGAUACCUGACAAAGUUCUCGUCAAGAACUUUCUUCUCCCGUAAGCAAUGGAAGCGUCGGUACUUUGUCCUCAACCAGGAGUCUCUCCACUGCUUCAAGUCGUCCGACCCUCAGCAUCCAUUGCUCGAGACCCUCGAGCUGUGUGCAGAGACCAUCGUCUGCGUCACAGACAUUUUUUCAGGCAAGCGCUAUUGUCUCCAAAUCACCAGUCCAGGCCAAAAGAACUGGUACGUCCUUGCCGACUCUGCCAAUGAACUCUCGGGUUGGUUGAGGCAGCUCAAGGGAACCGUCCUGCGCUGCCGCAACCCUCAGCAGGGAAUGGGCCAAGAUCCUCUUUACCAGUAUCAGCAACAGCAGCUGUCAGAGUCGCGACCAAGGACGCACUACUCCGACUCGUCCGAGUGGUCGGACCUGUCGUCAGCGGCCUCUUAUGGUUUGGUCGACAGCAACGGUAUGCCCUCCUCGUCAGUCCCGCCGUUCGCCAGCAACAACAGCACCCAUGCCAGCAGUUACCUCUCCAACCUCUCCCGCUCAUCCUCGCCUCUUCCAACACCCCCUCGUCGCUCCCCACAUCCAUCUGAGCGCCAUGACCCCUACGUGGUCACACCUUUUGGGGGCCUGAACCCACACCCCCGUCCAAUGACACCUUCCUUCUCUCCCGUCCAAACAGGAGGAGGAGGAGGAGGAGGAGAGUCGACCCUAGGCCAGGAACAAGUCGUCAAAAGGCAAGACGACCACCGUCACCGCAGCCUCAACAAAAGCAAUGCUGCUAUCGAUGGGAGCGAUAACAAUACCAACAGCAACAACGCAGUCUCGUCGGGACAACUGUCAUCCGACUAUGCAAGUUUUGGUGCAGUUAUGGAGCGGGCAGAAGCAGUUUCUCCCGAGACCGUCGUCCAAGGACAAGGAAGUUCAGGGGAGGUCGUGGAAGGAACACGACUUCUAUCCUUCCCACACGAAUCCAACCACCUACCCCCUCUACCUUCUCGUCAACAGCAAAAGAAGAAACAGCAGAAGCGGGACUCUUCCCUGGCAGACUUUCCCAGCGAGCUUGAUAUAUUUAUGCACGCAGAUGGGGGUGCCAUCGCAGCCCGCCGUGGGAGUUCCAGCAGCAGCACGUUCAGCAGCAGUGGGAGCAACAGCCGACGCGUUUCUGUGGUCGUCGACCGACCCGAGGCCAUGAUUACCCUCCCGAGACGCAGCUCCCAGAGACUGAUGGGAAGUCCCUCGCGUCCUAUGAGUCCCGUCUCGUCCAGGCCUAUGAGUCCCAACGCCAAUCGUCCCAGUCCACGAUCGUCCCUCGUCGUCACUCCUCCGCCACGCAGUAUCCAUAGGCCAACAAGCGUCUCUGUCCGUCACUCGACCCAGAUGAUGUCUCCUCUCCAGAUCGCGACCCAGAACCUUCAGCAGGGCAUUAGGGCGGCGGCAGAGCAGAAUCGACCCAUGUCGCCCUUGGAUGGCCUUCAGCGACCUGGCUCGAGAUUGAGUCAUUUCCGCUAUCCGAGCAACGUCGGCCUAAUCCAUGAUCGAUCGCCUAAUGGUUUCGGCAGGGUGAGUCUGGAUCGCCCUAUGUCGCCCACAUCUACCGCUUUGGCCUCACCCCCGACGUCACCUCUGCCCGAGCCCCCUCGUUCUGGGUCGGUCUCACCUGUCCGCGCUCUGAGGCAUUCACUGUCGAACAGUUCGUCAUCGUCCCACCGCAUCUCGAUUGUCCCUCGUCACCAUGACCCUGAUUUGUUGGUGUCACACCGUGCGAAUCCUCGUUCCCGCGCACAAUCUCAAGAGUCUGCUUUGGUCUCUCGUUCACAUGACAAGCACUUUGUGCAGCCUUCUCAACAGCACUCUUAUCGUGCGAGCAGCCCCUUGCCUGCCUUUGCUGGUGCGAUUCUUCUGCGUGAUACUACCGACGGCGAUCAAGCCAACGACGACCACGAUGGUCAGGAUGCAGUCACUAGGAAGCACAUCUCCAUGCCUGUGAACAGCAAACUCGUCUUGCCUUCUCCUUCCAAGGGUCAGCAGCCCGACGCUCCUACUCAACAACAUCACCACCACCAUCAAUACCAACACAACACGUUCCCUCGUCAGCACAAGCACUCCCUGUCGAAUGCCUCGGUCAGCUCAAUGUCCUCUCAGACAUCGUCAACCCAUUCAUUCCCUGCUGGAAUUCCAGUCUUUGGUGGUGCCGUUGCUCGCAAGAACAACAGCCGCGAUUCGGCUCUCUCUGCGCGUCUCUCGACUUUGGUUCCUAUCCCCGUCGGCUCAGUCUCGCCAGUCUCUCUGCCUCCCCAGACUGCUCUGCCUCCCAUCCCUGGCUCUGCUCCAUACCCCUCAACUUAUCCCUUGCCCACGCCCCCCACCAGUGGUAAGGUCGAAGUUGUUCUUAUUCCUUCCGCCAGGGGUGAUGAUGAGGACGUUACUGGUGUUGAUGAUGGUGCCGCUACUACUGUUGCUGCAGUGCCUCUGACGGACCUGCCUACACCGCCCACUUCUCUUGAAGUCGCACUGCCAUUGACCACCUUGCCUACGCAUUUGACUGAAGUGCAAGAGGAAGAGCCCUGCAUGACCCCUGAGCAGCAGGACGAGGCGACUGUCGAGAGCGUCAUCGAUCGUCAGGAGGAUAGCGAUUCUAAAGUCGGCCCAUUGUCUGAGGAUGUAACUGCUGCGGUCACCGAUGCUGUUGUUGAGCAGAGUCCAUCGAUGGCGUUCAAGAUGAUCUUGGAGGAGGCUGAAGAGGCCGAUGUCUCUGGAUCCGAGUCGGCCAACGACAAAAAAGACACUGCCACUACUACCACUACUACCUCUAUUACAACAACUACCAAGGACCUUCCCGAGGAGCAAAAAGAGCACGAGGAGGAUGAUCAGGAAGACAUUGUUGCCAACUUGGCAAUUGAGUCUGCUUCUCCUUCUGUCUCUUCCUGA